UUAAACACACAGAGAGAGAGAGAGUGUGUGUGUGUGUGUGUGUGUGUUUAUGAGCGAGUGAGAUCUAUGAGAGCUGCACUUUCACAUCCAUGUGUCUGCCGUCCGCAGCUCAGCGCUGAAGAACCGAUCCGAUCGAACAAUCAGAGCGGCAGGAGGGAUCUGACUGUGUGAGAUGGAGGAAAAGACAAAACAGAAGGAAACACAGCAAAAAGACAGCAGUGACGACAAAACCCCACCUAAACAGCGUCUGACCAUCUGUCUGAUCAGCGCCGCUUUCUUCGGAUCUGUAGGAUCGUCCUUCUUGUAUGGAUAUAACCUGUCUGUGGUCAACGCUCCGGCCAGCUACAUAAAGACCUUCUUCAAUAAGACGUGGAUCGAUCGCUAUAAUGAGCCCAUUGGAGACGGGACGGUCACUCUGCUCUGGUCCAUCACUGUGUCCAUCUUUGCCAUCGGUGGUCUGGUGGGGGCGCUGACGGUCUCCUUCCUCAUCAAAGCCUUGGGCAGGAAAGGAACCCUUCUGGCCAAUAACGCUCUGGCUCUGAUCGCUGCGCUCCUAUUGGCUCUGGGGGAGAAGGCCGGAUCCUUUGAGAUGCUCAUCAUUGGUCGGUUUAUCAUCGGCAUGGAUUCAGGUGUGUCUCUGAGCGUGCUGCCCAUGUAUCUGGGGGAGAUCUCUCCUCGGCAGGUGCGCGGCUCCAUCGGUCAGUUUCACGCCAUCUUCAUCUGUCUGGGUGUUUUCAUCGGGCAGGUUCUGGGGCUGCCGGAGAUCUUUGGACACGAAAGCAGAUGGAACUUCCUGUUUGGUUUCUUGGCACUUCCUGCCCUGCUGCAGCUGUGUGUCCUGCCGUUUCUGCCCGAGAGUCCCAGGUUCCUGCUGAUGGAGCGCCGGGACGAGGCGGGAGCGGAGAAAGCGUUCCAGGCGUUCCUGGGCCGGUCAGAUGUGUCUCGUGAGAUGGAGGAGGUUCACGCUGAGAGUCGAGCUCAGAACACUCAGCGGACAGCGUCUGUGCUCGAUCUGUUCAGGAAGCGUUCGCUCCGCUGGCAGCUGAUCACCGUGAUCGUGGUUAUGAGCUGCUAUCAGCUCUGUGGACUCAACGCUAUCUGGUACUACACAAACGGGAUCCUCCAGGAGGCAGGUUUCCAGCAGACUGUGAUCCCGUACAUCACGCUCAGCACCGGAGGCAUCGAGACGCUGGCCGCCGUCGUGUCGGGGUUAGUGAUUGAGAAAGUCGGUCGCAGGCCGCUACUGAUCUUUGGCUUUUCAGCGAUGGCUGUUUUCUUCAGUCUCCUCACAGUUUUCCUGCAUUAUCAGGACAGGUUCUCCUGGAUGCCGUAUCUCAGCUUCAUCUCCAUUCUGCUUCUGAUCGCUUCCUUCUGCUCCGGUCCAGGUGGUGUGCCGUUCGUCUUGACAGGGGAGCUGUUUGAACAGUCGUAUCGUCCGGCCGCGUUCAUGAUCGCAGGAACUGUCAACUGGCUCUCAAACUUCGCUGUGGGACUCCUGUUCCCCUUCAUACAGGAGGCGCUGCAGACGUUUGCGUUCCUGCUGUUUGUGGUGGUUUGCGUGGCUGGAGCCGUUUAUCUGCUGGUGGUUCUCCCUGAGACCAAGAACAAGACGUUCGUGGAGAUCAGCCGGAGCUUCUCGAAGAUCAACGGCGUGCCGGAGCAGAGCGAGGAGCGAGAGAUGAAGGACGCUCUGGGCACUAACGGACUCAGGUGUGGAGACGUGGAGAUGGAGAGCUGCUUCUGAACCAGGCAGGAGUGUGUGUGAUGACGUGUGACUGACGCUUCUUUCCUGAAGUGAAGAUCAGCUCUUCAUCUUGAACCUCAGGGCUUAGAAAUAAACCCACAGAGCCACCAUCACAUAAACUUCCAGUACACAUACCAAAACAUAUAUAGGAAAAAUUACACACACACACACACACACACACUAUAUAUAUUCUUUUUUAUUUGUAUAAUAUUUUACCCUGGAGCACAGAAGCAGUCCUCAGCAGAACGGCUGUUUUUGUAGAAAUAGACAACAAUACACUGUACGGGUCAAAACCUUUCCUUCAUGCCAAAAAUCAUUAGGAUUUUAAGAAAGAUCAUGUUCCUUGAAGACAUUUUGUAGAUUUCCUGUCAUAAAUAUAUCAAAACUUCACUUUUUUUGCUCCGUCAGAGUCCAGAUUUUCAAAUAGUGGUCAAAUAUUGUCGUGUCCUAACAAACCAGACGUCACCAGAAAGACCAUCAUCUGUCAGAUUAAUAAAUCUGUGUCAAAACAUGACCUUUAUGACUGUUUUUGUGGAUCAGGGUCACAUAUAUUUUUUGUUGCUCUGCCUCUACAGGCAGAUAUUUUUCUUGUUUUCCAUCAUAAACUUACUUGAUGAAUUUUUAUUUUUUUUAUUAUCUUCAGUUUUCAUUCAAUACAUUUCACUCCAGAUGUUUCGAGUCAAAGCGGCUGUUGAAGAAGAGAGUAAGAAAAAGUCAUUUCUCCAGUUAAAGUCAGUUUAUUGAUGACUGAAUGAAUGCCUGGAUUCAGCCUCAGUUUUACCUCUGUAUUAAUUACAAGUGAAUCUUUUACACUUUUGAGUAAAGUCUUUGACGACUCAAACUCCUC